AUGGGCUCCGUCUCGGAUAUCAUUUUCUCCAACAUUGAACUGUCCGGCAUCACCGGCUCUGUGGAAUACGAUUCAACUCAGGUCUACAUUCUGUAUGGCGACGACAGCUGCAGCGAUUGGACUUGGGAGGGCGUGGAUAUGAGGGGCGGCAGCACGAGCGACGUCUGCGACUGCGGAUCUUCGGUGCGUCUUGCUGAACAGGGAGGGGAAUAUCCUAAUUGGAGAAUCAAAUAA